CUAGAUUACGAUCAUAUAUUUAGUUGCAGGGUCAACAACCAGAUCUCCCGUAGGUUUUAUUUUAACCUGCUAAACAUUCGAGGUGGUGGUGGUGCAGGAACGCAGCUAAAACGCAAUUUCUUCUUGUGCUUUCACUCAAGAAAAUUGAGAAAUGUGAAGAAACACUUAUAUCUCAACUCCCAUAGCUUUUAUUCUAACGUGAUAUCAACAUCUGUCUCCAUGACGAGGAGAAGCCAUGGAUGAAAGCAAGCCUUCGCCUCCCGCGUCUACAGCAUGUGAUGAAGCGUGCCUCAAAGAUACAGGAGGUGACACUUCACCAUCAGGAAAAGGACCAAACGGCGAAUCAGCAAAGAGAAGCAGCACGAACCAGAGCAAUGAAACAAUGACCACAAAGGACUCUGGAAAAAAUAAGCCAAGGGAAGACGUGGUGGGAGAACUAUGCAAAGAUGGAAUUACAGAAGCAGAAGAUAAAAACUCCGAAGAGACAGUCCAUCCAUUAAAUGAACCAGGAAAGGUAACGAAGCCAGCAGCGCCUGAACAAGACGUCUUGCCAGUUGACGACAGCAUCAUCGAGAAGCUUACCAUGGGCUUUCUUCAGACCUUCCUUCCCCAAGCAGAGUACUCCAAUGCAGUCCUGGACGAACUCAUGAGAAAUCAGCGAGUUCUGAUCGAAACAUUGGAGCAGGAGAACGCCAAAUUCAAGGAGAACAAGAUGAUGUCAGAGCUUUCCGAACUGAUGACAGAGGCCAAAAAAUAUCACAGCAAGUUGGUCCACUUGCGGAAAGAGAUGAUGUCCCUUCAUGAUAAGUCAACCAAAUUGAAGAAGAGAGCAGUCAAGCUGCAGCACCACAAGAUGAAGCUGAACCUGCAGAAGGAGCAGCAGCGGGAACGGGAGAUGGAGCAGGAGAAACACCUCAUUGCAAAGCCCGCCACCAAGAAAACUCCUUGAAAGAGGACACGACAGUAGUGUCACAGACCCACCAAGGCCAUGUCUCGAGAUUUGCUUCUGGAGCUAUGGCUACGUCUCUGUGUAUUUUCCAUUGUGCAAAGACUUAGACCUAGCUCUAGACAACAGAUUAAGAUAGAAAUUGGUGAAGCAGAGAAAAUCAUUGCUUAGCAGAAAGAGGCUACCAGCCAAAGUGUCGUGCAUUUUGUGUAUCUUGCGACUGGUUCCCCGCUGAUUUUUUUGAGCAUGUAAAUUGGCUAAGUGGCUAAGCAACUCUGAAAUUACUACAUCGGGAUCUCUUUGAAAAAAGCAGUGCCUUAUGUAUAAAGCUCCUACAUGUUGCCAAGACAGAUGAGGGUUGAUCGUUUGGAGGAUUUUGUCAAGCACAUCCUUGCCAUAAUAGCUGUGGAUGCUCUCAAAAGGACCGGGAAACAAAUCGUUAAUUUCAAUUGUCUUAAAAAAGAUUUCACGAAUCCUGUAGAAUGGGUCCAGUUUGGAUGAGAAUGAUGUAAAUUUACAGAGGAAAGUCGCUGAAAGUACAAAGACGUCUUCUGUUGGUUGAUGUUUGAUCUGCAACAGGCCUGAUCUGUAACAACGUUAACGACGUCUUUAAAUCAAGGAGAGCAAUUUGGAAAAGAUCAGUUUGUGCUUGCUCACACUCAGCUGAGAGAGAAAACACAAAUUGUGGUUUGUUUGGUGGGAAAACUGAAUCAUUUCAAAAAAAUAUUUUUAGAUUAAUACUCAGGGUAUGAUUAAAGUUACUUUGCAUUGGGGUGUUCUAGUUCCCUAAACGCUAUCAAAAUGUAACGUAGUAACGUCUACCACCAGACAUCAGUAUUUUAUGUUACGUGAGCAUUUUUUAGAAGUUGGUGCUGGGAUUUUUUAAAGACAAAUUUUAGAGGAGGACAGAAAAAAAUUAUUUUCUGUAGUCUCAAGAAAAACAAGGGUCUUCGAGUCUUCGAGGGAAGAAUACAAAACCAGUUUUUUUUCCGAAAACAACAGAACAAAAGAGGUAUCCUUAUCCACUGACACUAGUCGUCAAGGACCAAAGGUUACAAAAUUGAAAUCAGAGACUUUGCCGUUAGUCGGUCUGCGGAGCUAAAAAAUGAUUUUCCUUUUUUUUUUUUAAAGAUCUAUUUUGGUUAAUUGUUGUUCAGUGGAUCUGAGACUUCUCAAAAAGAAAAUUUUUAUAUUUUUUGCAGUUCUGAAUCGGUAAGGUUGGCAGAUCCGAGCACCAACUUAAGGAAAAAAACUCUCGCCUUAUUUAAAAAUUCAACAUAAUGGUGGAUGGGCCUUCUUGUCUCUCUACCAUAUUGUAAUCGAUUGAGGCAUGCUAUCAGAGCUAAAAAUGUGGAGGCAAGUUUGGUUUUCUAGGAAAUGGCGGAAAAGUCUCCAAAAUCAUUCUGAAGUCCGCAGAACGUGUGAAAAAGGCUUUGCUAUUCUCACAUGCAGAAUAUUGCUGGCUACUUUAUCCAGCAGAAAUAGUGCAGAAAGUUUGAGGAACUAAUCAAUGGUCGCUCACAGACUCUGUGAUUGUUUUUCAUUCUGUAUCAAAGAUACAGAUAGAUAUACAGUGGAACACUGUUAUGACAAGGACCUUGGGACUUCACAAAUUACCCUUUUAUAAUAGUUACCUUGCAUUGUCAGUAAUGGAAAAUGAAGAAAAACAAAGACUUGGGGCCUAAAAUUUGUCCCUGUCCUAAAUUUGACCUUGUGUUAACUGUGCCCUUCUUAUCUAGUUCGACAUGUAUCUUUUCUCCUCCGUUAUGUCUACGGUUAGGUGCUGAGAAAUCCUUCACAAUUAGUGGCUCCAACUUUGUUUGCACACCGCAAACAAAGUCGAGGCUGGGAAAUUACAUGACUUGUUCUUCAAAUUUACCUUUAUGCUCAUCCAAACACCAGUCCUUGUUUUCAGGUAAAUUUUUGGUUAAGUUUUUAACGAGUGUCAGAACUUUUGUACAUUUUUGAGACCCUGCAAGCACUGUAUGCUCAACACUUUUGAAAGUUUACUUUUUCAUUGCAUAUUUCCUGAUUUGUCAAAAGAGGGAAGCUUUUAUUUGGAGUAUCAAAGCUUCCCCGAGUGAAAAAAGCAUCGCUGUAGUAAGUAUUAAAGGUUAAAUUACCCCAGAUUUGAGUAGAAGUUAGGUAAGAUGGGUUCUCUUGAAAGAAAAUUAUGCUGCACUGUUGAAUAUUACUACUAAAAAGGUUUGACAUCCUAUGAAAAUGCUUGCCUUUUGACUGUCCCAGAAAACAUAAAAGGACAAUAUCACAGUUUAUUUGCCCAUGUAAUCAACAGUAGGAUUAAGCCCGCUGGUAUUUUGCUGAUUUUAACAAACCUCUUGAUAAGUACUUCUUAAAGAGUCAGCUACAUUCAUUGCUCUUUCUUUUUUUUAAUUUUUACUCUGUCGUAUUUGGUUUAUUUUAUGAUGAAUAUUAAAUUUGCAUAAAUUGUCGUUUAUUGUUCUUAAAAGUACAAGAAAUAUUUAAACAGAUUAUUUAUGACACAGAGAUAGUUUCAUUCUUUGUUAAAUGGUGAUAAGGUUUUUUUCUUAGCAGAGUGAGGCGUUCAUUUUUUGUUUUGCAACAAAACAGAUUUGGAAAUUUGUUAAUUUAACUGCUUAUGGAACUAUGCAUUCCAAAAAUAAAAGUUGUCCUUUGAAAGUGUGGAUGAGUGUUAAUUCAAGUAACCAACGAUACAAUGUAAAAACCUCAUCUGUGAAAUAGUUCAAUAUACAUGUACAUGUACGUUUAUUAUUGCAUAUUUAUGAAAUCAUUACAAUUCCAGAUUUUUCUGAUUUCAGAUUUUUUCUUUUGUCAAAACAAAACCUAAGGCAAUUUAUGGUGAAGAGGGGAAAAGGUGUGUGCUCAUUUCGACAAUGUUGCAAAUAAGUCUUAAUAAAACUAAAGUUGACGUUCUUACUCUUACUUGUCUCAAGUCUGCCCGUGGCACGGAUUGUAAUUCACUUAUGAAUAAAGAUUAGCCACCUGCUACGGGUUAGUGUAUCUAUUGGCCAAUCAGUUUACGCCAAGUUGUCAAUCAUAUGCUAAGCGAUCCCUUGAGGUCGAACAAGCAGUGAUGAAUUAACUUGAACGUCGCCAUUAUGUCAUUGUAUUCAUUUGUGCUGCUGGAUGCUUAACCACUGGACUUCAUUUUUAAUAAGUACAACUGAGAAAAAAAGUUGGUAUAACCGUCUUUUCCUUCCUCCAUGCUGUAAAUAAAAAGUGGAGAAGUCGGCCAUCUA